AUGUCUAAAAACGCCCUGGCGUUCUUCUUACAUCGCGUGAUUGUAGAUGCUCAUUCACAAGUGAAAGAAACCGACCUUAAUAAACUUAAAGUGAAAGCUCACGAGAUUGUUGAAAGUCCUUGCAUCAGGGCUAUAGGGUGUUUCUUGGGUCAGUGUUUAGACAUUUUAGACAGAGGUGUGAACGUUUCUAAAGAUCCUGAUGUCUCUGACUUGGUCAAAUCUUUUGACACUUUGGAGGAGAAGGACAUCUUAGAAUUAGAGAAGCGAUACUGGAACUUGAAAGGUUCGUCACCAACAGGGAAGUUGGAUCCUGAAACUCUUGUUCCUCUCAUUUCCCCGCCUCUGCCUCCAAUGUUGGCCAAAGGAGUUUUUAAUGCCUUCGAUGAAAAUAGGGAUAACCAUAUUGAUUUUAAGGAAAUGGCUUGUGGGAUAUCUGCUGCAUGCCGUGGGCCACUGACAGAAAGGCAGAAGUUCUGCUUUAAGAUAUUUGACCGUGAUAGGGAUGGAAAGUUAUCAAAGGAAGAACUGACAGCAAUGAUUCAAGCACUGUUACUUUUACAUUAUGAAGAACAAGAACAUACAGAUGAUGUGUGCGUUGGCGUAUCCUCAGACGAUGUUGAAAAACUUGUUGGAGAGUUUCUCGAGAAUCACGACCCUCACAAGUCUGGCUUUGUCACCCAAGAGGAGUAUCUCAUGUGGACCCUCCAUAACCCUUUGUCUUCAGCAUUGCUGGAAAUUAUAUUUCAGGUGUGCCAUAUUGUCCUUGGCCUGAAACCUAGCAAGUCGAAAUGAAGAGAAAGAAAUUGUUCUUGGAUGGUUGCGAAGAGCAGAGAGCAAAUCUCUUAACAUAGGACAGUUUUGG